ACUGAAAAUACCGCGCGAAAUCUCGAAGUGACGUCUGAAAGCGGCUGACGUUCUUCGUGACGGAGUAGUGCUAGUGUUCUGUUCUCCGGUCGAGCAGCGCAGGGCUCAGUGGAGCCGUUACUAACUCCGGUGCACAGUUCACAAAGGCUGCUCGCACAAAGUACAAACCACAGAUAGGAUUCAAAGGUCAAGGGCUUCUGGAGCUAUCCAUUCUUCUCCAGGAAAUUGAAACGCCUUUUCCGUUUGAGCUAAAGAAGGAGGUGACACUUUUCUUUUCUGUUGCGGCACUGGGGACAUCCAGGAACUUGUGAGUGUGGGUGGCGCUCGUUCAAAAGACUGCGAUGCACCGCUUAAGGACUUGUGCGGCACGGCUCCGGCCGAUCACGGCCUCACAGACUGCUAAAAAUCUAUCACAGCAGAGGCCAGUGGCCACCCCUAGGACGUUUCAGCCAUUCAGGUGCUACACGGCACCGGUGGCCGCAGAGCCGUUUCUGAACGGAACGAGCUCUAACUAUGUCGAGGAGAUGUACUAUGCAUGGUUGGAGAAUCCCAAGAGUGUGCACAAGUCUUGGGACAUUUUCUUCAGGAAUGCUAAUGCUGGUGCCCCCCCAGGUUCAGCCUACCAGAGUCCUCCUCCAAUGGGAGUGAGUCUGUCUGGGCUCGCUCAGGCCCAAUCUCUGGUGGGGGCCCAGCCGAAUGUGGAGAAACUGGUGGAAGACCAUCUGGCUGUCCAGUCCCUCAUCAGGGCCUAUCAGAUACGUGGUCACCAUGUGGCUCAGCUGGACCCUCUUGGGAUUAUGGAUGCUGAUCUGGAUUCGUGCGUUCCCACUGACAUUAUUACAUCAUCGGAUAAACUUGACCUUACACAUGUCAAGACGCGUCUAAGUGCUCUAACCAUUGGAGAGUCUGAAUUUCACUUUGCUGAAAUUUCUCAAACCUGUAAUUGGGAAAAGGGUUUCUAUGGGCUGGAAGAGUCUGAUCUGGAUAAAGUGUUCCGCUUGCCCACCACCACCUUUAUCGGGGGCAAUGAGAGCGCUCUGCCCCUCAGAGAGAUCAUCCGCCGCUUGGAGAUGGCAUAUUGCCAGCAUAUAGGGGUUGAGUUCAUGUUCAUCAAUGACCUGGACCAGUGUCAGUGGAUCAGACAGAAGAUUGAGAGGCCUGGAGUAAUGCAGUUCAGCCUUGAGGAGAAGAGAACACUGCUGGCUCGCAUGGUCCGCUCCACCAGGUUUGAGGAGUUCCUGCAGAGGAAGUGGUCAUCUGAGAAGCGCUUUGGGCUGGAGGGCUGUGAGAGUCUGAUCCCUGCUCUCAAAACUAUUAUUGAUAAAUCCAGCGAGAAGGGAGUAGACACAGUCAUCAUGGGAAUGCCUCACAGAGGUCGUCUGAACGUGCUUGCCAAUGUGAUCCGCAAGGAGCUGGAGCAAAUUUUCUGUCAGUUUGACUCUAAACUGGAAGCUGCCGAUGAGGGUUCAGGAGAUGUCAAGUACCACUUGGGCAUGUACCACAGGAGGAUAAAUCGUGUGACUGACAGGAAUAUUACUUUGUCAUUGGUGGCUAACCCUUCCCACCUGGAAGCGGUGAACCCGGUGGUGCAGGGCAAGACUAAAGCAGAGCAGUUCUACUGCGGAGACACGGAUGGCAAUCGGGUGAUGUCCAUUCUGCUUCAUGGUGACGCUGCAUUUGCAGGUCAGGGCAUUGUCUAUGAGACCUUCCAUCUGAGCGAUCUGCCCUCCUACACCACACAUGGCACUGUGCAUGUGGUGGUCAACAACCAGAUCGGUUUCACCACAGAUCCUCGUAUGGCACGCUCUUCUCCGUAUCCGACUGAUGUUGCCCGUGUGGUCAAUGCCCCCAUAUUCCACGUCAACGCAGAUGAUCCUGAAGCUGUAAUGUAUGUGUGCAACGUGGCCGCAGAGUGGAGAGCCACCUUCCACAAAGAUGUGGUGGUGGACCUGGUUAGUUAUCGCCGUAAUGGCCACAACGAGAUGGAUGAGCCGAUGUUCACCCAGCCACUGAUGUACAAACAGAUCAAGAAGCAGAAAGGAGUUCUGCAGAAAUAUGCUGAGAAGCUCAUCGCUGAAGGCGCCGUCUCACGGCAGGAGUAUGAGGAAGAGAUUUCUAAGUAUGACAAAAUUUGUGAAGAAGCUCAUGCUCGCUCAAAGGAUGAGAAGAUCCUCCACAUCAAGCACUGGCUGGAUUCCCCCUGGCCAGGUUUUUUCACUCUGGAUGGUCAGCCCAAAAGUAUGAGCUGCCCGUCCACCGGUCUGUCAGAGGAGGAGCUGUCCCACAUCGGACAAGUGGCGUCAUCAGUACCUGUGGAGGACUUCACAAUUCAUGGAGGUCUGAGUCGUGUUCUGAAGGGCCGUGGUGACAUGAUCAAGAACAGGACGGUGGACUGGGCUCUGGGAGAGUACAUGGCCUUUGGCUCUCUGCUCAAGGAGGGCAUCCAUGUGCGUCUCAGUGGCCAAGAUGUGGAAAGAGGAACCUUCAGUCACCGUCACCAUGUUCUCCACGAUCAGAACGUAGACAAGAGGAUCUGCAUUCCCAUGAACCACGUAUCCCCUAACCAAGCCCCAUACACCGUCUGCAACAGCUCUCUGUCCGAGUACGGAGUACUAGGUUUUGAGUUGGGCUUUGCUAUGGCCAGUCCCAAUGCCCUGGUUCUGUGGGAGGCCCAGUUUGGAGACUUCCAUAACACGGCUCAGUGUAUAAUAGACCAGUUCAUCUGCCCUGGCCAAGCUAAAUGGGUCCGCCAGAACGGCAUUGUUUUACUGCUGCCACAUGGCAUGGAGGGCAUGGGUCCCGAGCACUCUUCUGCCCGUCCAGAGCGCUUCCUGCAGAUGUGCAAUGAUGACCCUGACUUUAACCCUAAAAUCACUGAUGACUUUGCGGUACGUCAGCUGUAUGACUGCAACUGGAUUGUCGUAAACUGUUCCAAUCCCGCCAGCUAUUUCCAUGUAAUAAGGAGGCAGAUUCUUCUUCCCUUCAGGAAACCUCUUAUUGUCUUCACCCCCAAAUCUCUGCUGCGUCACCCGGAGGCCAAGUCUAACUUUGACCAGAUGCUACCAGGCACUCAUUUCCAGCGUGUGAUCCCAGAUGAUGGACCGGUAACUCAAAACCCCUCAGAGGUCAAGCGCAUCGUCUUCUGUACAGGAAAAGUCUAUUACGAGCUCACGCGUGAACGCAAAACACGCGACAUGGAGAACUCUGUGGCCAUCACUCGCAUUGAGCAGCUCUCUCCUUUCCCCUUUGACCUGGUGAAGGCUGAGACUGAGAAAUAUCCCAAUGCUGAUCUGGUCUGGUGUCAAGAGGAGCACAAGAACCAGGGAUACUACGACUACGUCAAGCCCCGCAUGCGCACCACCAUCGACCGUGCCAAGCCUGUCUGGUAUGCCGGCCGUGAUCCUGCCGCCGCCCCGGCCACUGGAAACAAGAACGCCCAUCUUCUGGAGCUGAAGCGUUUCCUCGACACUGCCUUCAACCUGGACGCCUUCAAAGACCACGUCUAAACCUGUCCUUCAGUCCACAAAGAAAACGAAAUCUCACAAACACCCCAUUCAUCUGGCAACCAAAUACACUACGCCAAACUGUUUUAUCCCAUAAAGAAUAGUGAUACAGUUUAUCCAAUGUGUUCAGGUUUGCAAAACGCACUCUCCGUCCUAGAAUCACACUCUCUCCUGCAUGAAUUCAUUAUUAUUAUUAUUAUUUUUUAAUAUUGUCCAAGCAUUCGUCACCAUUGUUGCCCAGUUCAACAACACCAAAUGAUGAUAAGCAAGAGAAUCUGAAUUUCUGGUGGUUUAAGUAUAACAGCACAAAUGUUGAUUUGAAUAGACCUAAUGUAUUUUCAACCAAAGCACAGCUCCAAUCCCGUUAGAGAUAUAAUAAUCACUUCUGUUGCCUCCAAACUCACUAUUAAGAGAUUUUUCCUUAAACUUUCAGAAGUUGGGUUGUUGGGAUCCCGAUUCUCAACGGCUAUAUGGCUUUAAUUUGUAUGUUUGUGUUUUUCUUUAUUGAUAAUUGUGGGCUAAGUUCAGAAUAAGGGAGAAUUUUGGCACAUACAUUUGCAGUGUCUGAAUAGUGGGUUGGAUUGUAAAGUAAGUGGUAAAAAUGACACUUUAUCUGUACCUUUGCACUGUUUUCUGGUAAGAAGAAAAAACAGUUGGUUCUCUGAAGUGGAUAUUGCAGUUGUAUGAUUGUAUUUAUGUAAAAAUGACUUUGUAUUCAGAGGAGGAAAGGCUUUUGUGGCACUUUACAUGUAUGUGCCUCUGUUCUGGUUCCAAAUCAUUGUCUAUAGAUGGCAUUGUAUAGUCUGUACACUCGGCUAAUCAUUGAUUAAGCCUGGUGCAGAUAAAAACCCCUUCAGAACUCCAAUCCUCCUUUGCUAUCUCAUAAGUGUGCCAUACAGCCCAACCCAGCAGCAGGAACAUUUAAUAUGGCAAGCAAGACAGAAUUACACCUGUUUGUGGUCACUCUUUUAAAUAGAAACCUAUGACAUCCUUUUGGCUUUUUCAAAGAGAGAGAGCAAAUGAUUUUAUUUAUUUUGUUUUUUUGGAGGAUUAAGAUUCUGUCCUCGUAACGGUUUAGCUUCAUACAAUAAAUUCAUUAUCUUCUCAAA